CGUGCACGGUAUAAUAUUUGUGUUGUAUAAAAUUAAAGAAUAUAGUAAUUCAAAACUUUUUCAACUUGUUGACUUUUACCAAUGAUGUUGGAUUUUUCUUUUGUUAGUUUUUUUUUUCAAGAUUUACAAUACGUCUUUGAAAGCUGCUUUUGGUGAUAUCUUGCUAUUAUUUUUUCAUUAAGCCAUAUAAAGACAUUAUAACGUCUUUAAAAAUACAGUGUGUGGUAGGUUUGAUGAAAAUGGUACAUCAGAAGUCCAAAGUUUUGGUUGUAUGUGGGCCAUCAGGUUCUGGAAAAUCAACAUUACUGCGAAAAUUAUUUGAUGAAUUUCCAGAAAAGUUUGGCUUCUCUGUUUCCCAUACUACACGAGGACCGCGUUGUUUUGAAGUAGAUGGCCAACAUUAUUAUUUUACUACCAAAGAUGAGAUGCAAGCAGCUAUAAAACGUGGUGAAUUCCUUGAACAUGCAGUAUUCUCUGACAACAUGUAUGGCACUAGUUUAAAAGCAGUGGAAAAUGUACAAAAAAGUGGUAAAAUAUGUGUACUUGAUAUUGAUACACAAGGUGUUAUGCAAGUAAAAAAAAUUCAUUCAUUAAAACCUAUUUAUGUAUUCAUAAAGCCUCCUAGUAUUAAUGAGCUAGAAGUACGUUUGAGAAAAAGAGCAUCUGAAUCUGAAAAUACUCUUCAAACAAGAUUAAACGCAGCACAACAAGAAAUUGCCUAUGGUGAAAUUCCAGGAAAUUUUGAUAUAAUUAUUGUUAAUGAUUCACUAGAUAAAACUUAUGCUGUUUUUAAAGAUUUUGUAAUGAAGUCUUUGGAUAAAUCAGAUAAUUAAGAAUAACUUGUGUAAAUCUUUGUGUAUUUGUGAAAAUACUCAGUAUUUGUUUAUGAAGUUCAUGACUACUUUAAAAAUCUUUAUACAUACUAACUAGUUUAAUAAUUGUAUCACUAAUACAGUUCUUUAGAAUAAUAUAUUUAAAAUGUUAACUAUUGAUAAAUUUGAAAACUCAGGUUUAGUUAAUUCAGCUAAAGUAAAUUUAGUUUAUGGUGUAUUAUGAUAAAAAAAAUCCGUUUAUAAUAUAUAUUAAUAUCUUUAAUAGUAUUUUGGUUAUAGUUUAUUAAAAAUUAAUUAAUUUUCUUUAUAUAUCAUAAGGCUUUUUACCAUAACAUAAUUUAGUUUUUUCAUUAUUUUGACUUUCAAGAUUAUUAUUAUAUUACAUAGUGUCAUAGAAAACGAUUAUUUUAUAAUUUAACCAUUGGUUAAUUGUAUUUAUGUUAUUACUUUUUAAGUUUUUCAUAAAUAACAAGUGCGUAAAUUUUGUAGUAAUUAUUAAAUAAUUUUAUUUUUCACAAGAAAGAUAGAAAUACUAUACAAAGUUACUACCAAUUUAGUUUUUUACAACCAUAACUACCUCUUUUUCCAUUUUAUAUUAUAUAUCAUUAAUAUAUUAUAUAAAGACUGUUGGUGUACUACAUAAUAUAUAAUAUUAACAGUAUUAACCUUAAAAAUAGUUGAUUUUCUAUUUUUCUUAUUGAAAAAAGUAUGAUUACUUUACCAUCAUACAUGAAAAUUUAAUAAUACAAAUUUAAAACUGUUAAUAUGCUUAUUAGUAUCACUAUAAUACCAAAAAUUGUCCUUGUAAAAUUAACUUGAUAUAUAAGUUGUUUGAAAGGCUAAAUUUCUUAAUUUAUGAAGUCAUUUUUUUAUUAUAUCAAAGUUUUCAAUUAAUUAAGAUCAAUGAUAGGUAGUGAAAUAUAAAUUUAAAAAAAUAUAGUUAAUAACCUUAUUUAAUAUUUAUUUAAGAUAACCAUUGGUUAUCUUCUAAUGUUUUUAAUUUUAUUAUUAUUACUUAAUAAGUAGUAACAUUUCAGUAUAUAACCUUAAAUAUUAAAAAAUGUUACUAAAAUUUUAUUUAAAACUGAUGCUAAUGUUACCAAUAAACAUAUUAACAAGUUUAUGCCUAGAUAUUAUUUAUGAUAAACAAUGAAAUAAUUAUAUUUUCUAUUUAAAAUUUUUACAGAAUUUCGGAAUAAUUGAAAAUUAAUUAUUAGACUUUUUCAAUUUUAGUAGUGAUGAAUGUAAUUGUUAUUACAAAAUGAAGUUUGAUCUUGUAUUUAUAUUGUAAUUUUAAUAGUAUAUAUUUUGUCAAUAUGUAAUAUUAUUUUUAUUUAUUUGUAACAAAUAAUUUAGUUAAUUACUAUCACUAUUGAAUUUUUUUAACAUAGUAUACAUCUUUGAAAUCUAUUUAAUAUUGAAUAGUAUUUUUAUGUUAACGUAAGAAUAUUACAAAUGCUAUCAUAAAACUGAAAAUUAUUCUUGUACCUAAUAUUAAAAUAACUAGUUUUUAAUUUAACCCAAAGUUCUUGUAUUAUUUCAAUUAUGUUUGUAUAUAUUUUAAGGUAUUAAAAAAAAUCCAUUUUAUUUGUAUUCUGAUUUCGGAUUUUUAGUGAGAUAGUUUUCUAUUUGACUUAAAAUUAAUUGUUUAUUCAUGUCUCUAAAUAAUUGUAUACUAUAAUAUUACUUUACCUUAUGCCUUAGCAUGUCAAUUUUUUAAUAAUUAAUAGCUAAGAAUAAUUAAUGGAACUUUAAUUUCUAAUUAAUUAAAAUAAUUAAGUUUGUUGAUUUAAUUUCCUAAAAUACAUUUGAAUCAUUGUUUUAGGUCGUCAGCUGUCAAGUAUACAAUUUUAUUAAAAUUUGUAUUUUGGCCAAAUGAUUUUCCCCUAGGUUGUGUUUUGAAUUUAUUAUUAGUAUUAUAUAAGUUUGGUGCUGGUGUACAUUUGUUA